GCCGCCGCUACCUGAGCCCCAGCGUCUCCGGGCGAGCCGGAGGGGGUCCGCAAGGAUGUUCUACUCACACACGAUACUCGCGCGGAAGAGUCCGCUGGGCACGGUGUGGAUCGCCGCCCACCUCGAGCGCAAGAUCAAGAAGCCGCAGAUUGACGGCAUCGACAUUCCCUCCUACGCAGAGAGUAUAAUGUUCCCUGAGGUUCCGAUUGCUCUAAGAUUAUCAGGGCAUCUUCUUCUAGGUCUUGUUCGCAUUUAUUCAUGGAAGGUGAACUACCUGUUUCAAGAUUGUAAUCGAAUGGUAACUACAGUCAGAACUGCAUUUGCUUCUGUCCAAGUCGAUCUUCCAGUUGAUGCAGACCGUGCUCCAUUUGAGUCCAUCACACUGCCACCAACAUUAAAUCUUGAUGACUUAAACUUGGACGAUGCAAUUUGUCUGAUGGAGACACCAGAUAGUCAUCAGAAAAGUCGUGAUCAAAUUACUUUGUCUGAAGGAGAAUAUGUGAUGAUAGAACUUGAUGAGGAUGCUAGAGUAGAGCCAUCAGCUCACAUGGGGCCUAUACCAAUGGAGGAUGAGACACUCCCUCCAUUCGAUGAUGGUUUUGGAGCUGAUAACAAUCGCAAUGAAGAAAUUCCCAUAGAUCCUCCCCCAGGCAAUUUGCCAGUAGAUUCCAAUGUAAUAAAUCAGACAGAUGAAGCACUAGAUCCACCGGAAACAAUGCGUGCACAUGAGUCUCCUGGCCUGAUGUUAACAGAGCCAAUACUUGGAGAUGAUGACCCCAUGGAUUUGAACAGUGAUCUUUCACCUUUUGUGCAAAACAAGGUUAUCACCCCUCCAGUUAUUGAGGAAACAUCUUCUGCUGGUCGACAAGCUCCUGAGAGAUAUAUUGCCAACUUACGGACACCAAACACAUAUGAUGCAUUUGCAGAUGUUGCACUGCUAAAUUUUGACACCCAGCUACCUGAAUUUCGGCUUGAGCCAUCUCCACCUCCAGUACAAGAGAAGGAUGAUAAUAGAAGGCCCAAAACACAAGUUAACAAGAGAAAGAGAAAGAGAAGGGUGAAAUUUGAUAAUGAAAUUGUUCUCUCCAAUGACUACAUGAGGGAGCAAAUUGAUGGUGCUGGACUAGAUGAGUUGAUCUGCAAGAGGAGAAAGCUACCCCAAACAGCCCUUGAUAUGUGGAGAUUCAGCAGGACUAACAGAAUAGGCAGCUUCUUGCUUGAACCUGUGCUUCAUGGUAUGUGCACUAAUCUUCACGAAACAUAUGAGAGAAAUUUCCCCCGUGUGAGUGGCCUUGAUGCUGAGUGUGCAUCUGGCGAACCCGCGACCGGUGUAGCAAAUGAUGGUCUGGGUGCACCACCUGAACUGCUGCUCAGCCCAAAUUUUCCUGGAACAACGGAUUUACCGUCUGACCAUCAGCUCACCCCAAACCCUCCAGGAAAUGCAGAUGCGCAACAUGAACCUUUGCCAUCUCCAAAGUCACCAGGAGCAGCAGGUGCAGCACCUGAUGAUGACAUGUUGCCUGAGCUGCCCCGAUUCUCACCAAUGGGUAUGCCAUCUCCAGUAAGAGGAGAUGACACUCCUUACAAAACUCCUGGUGGAACUGCAUCGUCUUGGCUUGGAGGAACUGGUGUUUCUGAAAUACCAUCAUCUGGUGGGAAUGGAACUGGUGUUUCUGAAAUACCAUCAUCUGGCGGGAACUAUUCAUUACCCGGACAAAGUACUCAUGAAUCGGAUCAUAUGCCAUUCCUGUUUCCAAUCAAUGAAGAUGAUGAUGAUCAACCAGAGAUCCCUGGGCUCAUGAGUACUCCUGGAGGGGUGUCUAGUGUGGGUACUGGAACCACUGGAUUAGGAAGCAUGUCUACGAGAACAAGGGCUGUUGCACUGUUCUUCAAGGAUCAGGUGCCUUCACCCUCAUCCGAUGAGCAGCCUGGAAAAUUUAGUUUGAACAGAAUCUUGGAAGGAAAAGCAAGAAGGCAAGCUGCAAGGAUGUUCUUUGAGACAACGGUUCUGAAGAGUUAUGACUACAUUGAUGUCCAUCAGGAGGAACCAUACGGAGAUAUUGGAAUUUCAGUUAAACCCUCGCUAUCUACAGCCAAACUCUGACAAAGUUAUCUGGAGUCGUUAUAGAGAAAGAAUCUCUAGUUUGAUUUGGGAGAAGAACAUAGUAGGAUUUGGAAUGUUUACCUCAGUAACAUUUUCGCGUGAGGCUGCAGAGGAUGUUUCAUGAUGUUUUAAUGUUCUGAUAUCAAAAGCCAACUCACAAGGUUCAGUUCUGACUUCAGAUUGUUUGGUCAGCAUGUGCUCUGUCAACAGCAAAACAAAGUGAUGAAGGGGUCGAAUGGAGUUAUAGACACUUUAGUAAUAGCUUCUGAAGGAUAUGGUAGCUAUCUGUUAAUCCCACCUGAAAUGUUUGGUAGCUAGGGACUAAUUUAGCUUAGCGAAUACCAGUGUGUAAAUACUAAAUAGUUGUGAUAUCGUACAUAUGUUUCUUGUUCUUCAUUCAAAGUC